CGCUGGGCAAACAAACCCGCGCUCGCGCUCGUCAUGUAAGGUGAAGUUCAGUUAAAGUAAAACUUCCAGCUCGCGAGGAAAAUGUCCGUGAGCUACCUGCUGGACACGGCCAUGUACGGCAACCCCGCGAGACACCUGAACCUCAGCCAGCCUCACCUUAACGUCUACCCGUCCGCCCCGUACCCGGACUACAGCGGAUACCAUCCGGGACCGGCGCUCGGGAAUGACCUGCAUCACACCGGCAGUUCGUGGAGUCCGGGGUUCGGGCCCGGUUCGCGCGAGGACUGGCCCCCGCUGUACGGCCACGGGACUGGACACUCGCUGCCGGUUAACGGGGUGGAAGUCAGCGUGCUGCCGCCAGUGGAUCAGGGGCUGCUGAGCGGAGCGCCGGUGGACAGAGAGGAGCCGCAGGACUGGAUGAGGCGCAGCGCGGUGCCGGCCAACCCUGGAGGGAAAACGCGGACGAAGGACAAGUACAGAGUGGUGUACAGUGACGUCCAGCGCCUGGAGCUGGAGAAAGAGUUUCAUUUCAGCCGCUACAUCACCAUCAGGAGGAAGGCGGAGCUUGCGGCAACACUCAACCUAUCAGAACGCCAGGUCAAGAUCUGGUUUCAGAACAGACGAGCCAAAGAAAGGAAGAUGAACAAAAAGCGUCUCCAGCAGGUUCAGCAGAGCUCCAGCGGUCUGGCAAACACCACCACGGUCAGCAGCUCCGACAGCGGCUUGAUGACAGACAAUAUCUCCAGCUCCAUCAAAGAGGAAUACUGAAAACUCUCAGACCCCCAGAGAAACAGUUCAUGUUUACACAGUUUUAACGACACGGAGCAAUGGACCACUUCAUAUUGCACUAUAUUACACUAAUGGCACGCAAACUCGCAGUGUUGGGGGAAACGCAUUACAAGUGAUGCGAGUUACAUAAUAAUACUACUUUUGAUGAGUAAAGUAAUGCACUACUUUUAAAAACGAAGUCAUAAUAUUUGAGUUUUUGCCAGUACUGGGUCGCAGCUGAAAGGGCAUCCACUGCAUAAAACAUAUGCUGGAAUAGUUGUAGGCUCAUUCCACUGUGGCGACUCCUGAUAAAGAAGCAACUAAGCUAAAGGAAAAUGAAUUAAUUAAUUAAUAUUGGAGUUACUUUCUUAAAAAAGGUAUUGCAAGUAAAUUUUAGUUGAAUUAAUUAGCUUUUAAAAUAUGAUAGAUAGAUAGAUAGAUAGAUAGAUAGAUAGAUAGAUAGAUAGAUAGAUAGAUAGAUAGAUAGAUAGAUAGAUAGAUAGAUAGAACGGCAGACAGAUAGAUAGAUAGAUAGAUAGAUAGAUAGAUAGAUAGAUAGAUAGAUAGAUAGAUAGAUAGAUAGACAGACAGACAGACAGACAGACAGACAGACAGACAGACAGACAGACACAUACAUACAUACAUACAUAUAUACAUACAUACAUAGAUAGACUACAGAUAGACGAUAGAUAGAUGGAUGGAUGGAUGGAUAGAUGGAUGGAUGGAUGGUUGGAUGGAUGGAAUGACAGAUAGAUAGACUGACAGAUAGAUAGAACGACAGACAGACAGACAGACAGACAGACAGACAGACAGACAGACAGACAGACAGACAGACAGACAGACAGACAGACAGAUAGAUAGAUAGAUAGAUAGAUAGAUAGAUAGAUAGAUCUACAAAUACAUUUUUAAUUUAUGAAAACAUGCUGCAUUUUCUGCAUUUUAACGGAAAUGAAAAAGAGACCCAAAAACACGACGGACCCAGAUAUUUAGUUUAUGGUUAUUUACGCUAAUAUAAUACUAAAGACACAGGAAUCAUUUUUUGGGUCCACUUUAAACUUUUCUGUUGAAGUUUUUUUGCAAGUGAUGUGAGAAAUGCAGCAUGUUUUAUUAAUAAGUUUGAGUUGUGAGAAUUUUCAGCACGUAUGCUGUCAAACGGAUGAAGAUCUAUUCUUAAUUUGCUGGUGUUAUUUGUAAUUGCAUGUGUUUUCUUAAAACGUUUAGCUCUCACGGCCACUGUAGAUCCUCUAUAUUAAAAAAUAAAAUAAAAUAAAACCCCUCCAAGUUCUGUAAGAGAUCAAGCCUCAGCCAGGUUAAAAAAAAAGUAACUCAAAAGUAUCGCCGACAUGUUUGUUUAUAAUUCAUACAUUUGAUUUAUUUUAUUUUGAGGGGAUAGUAGAAAAAUAAGAAAAUUAAGAUAAUUAAGAUAAUUUUUCCUAUGUUGUAUACUACUAUGGUCUUAUUAAUACCAAUAAAAUAAAAAAAAUGUAUCGCAUUACUUACCAUAAAAAGUACCUAAGUAACACAACUAGUUACUUUUAUGGGGAGUAACUCAAUAAUGUAAUGCAUUACUUCCUGAAGUAACCUUCCCCAACACUGCAAACACGUUUAUUGUGAAUGAAGCACACAGUAUUUCAAUGUUUUGUAAAAAGCGAUGAUCUCGGAGACUGUGGAUCGACACACAUCAUUAUUCUUCCUAAAUGGUAGCUCUGCUGUUGAUAUGACCUCACUUUACUUCACUCGUGAGUUGAUGACUAUUUUAUUUGUGGCGCAUUUUUCACUACUGAUUUUGCUUUAUGUAAGAUAUUUCACACUACUGGAUCAUGAAAAACUGACUUUUUUCUUUUUUAAAGUAGCCAACUUGUGCCUUUGUGUAAUUAUUCAUUAAAUAAAAGUGUAUAAUUUUAAUAAACUUACAAAUAUUUGAGGAGAAUGUAAUAUUGUCUGCUUUAGGAGGAAAGUGAAUCUCACAAA